AUGUUUGAUAUUAUGAGCCCUCAGAUCGCUCUCACCAAGAAGCGUCGCUGGUCUCCUCGGAUGGAGGACCAACAGAAACUGGCGAAUGCUAAAAAGAGUCUCUCCAGCCUACAUACUUUCACUUCUAGUUUCUUGAAGAGCAAGACCUCACCAAGAAUCAAGUAUACAGACUCUCGGGUUGAAAUUCCACAUUAUGACGAAGAGAGGAUUGCCUCUAUGCUUGGGGAUGCAACGCAUACCCCAUUGGAUCUCCAUGAGCAGUCCGGCUCUGGCGAAGAUCAAGAUCGCCCGCUGAGCUCAUCGUCUAGCAACACAAGUCGUAGAAGAAGCAUUCACGGCAGUCCCAAUCUCCCAGUUACCCCACCCCUUGUCGAUUCUGGACUAGAUCUUUCAAGCACCGAGCCAUUCCCAGACUACUACGAGUCAUGCGAGCAGAACAUAGCGGUCAUUGAUAAGGACCACGAGGAAGCAUAUAACAACGCUAUUGCAAAAGUGUUCGAAGAGUCCGUGCGGAUAAGAGAGCUUGAUACCGGUAUCCCUGCUACGGUCUCCCCUCUUGCAACUCACGUUGGCUGUCCUGUUACAACUGACAGUCACCCUAGACUAGCUAAGCCCAACAUUCCUCUCGCAUCACACUCAACUCUCCAUAGUGACACGACUGGACACACCCAGUCCAAUACUGCACUAACCUCUGUUCCUCAAAUCUCACCUGUCACACCUGUCCAUUCCAACUCCGACAAGGGCACAUCAAUGACUUCUGCUUCUCAGGCCUGGAUCUCCCUGAAAGACACUAGCGCCCAUUCCAACAAGGCUUCAAAUCUAACAUCCACCGUAUACAAUGAUGUUUCUGUUCGAGAUGUUGCUUCUGGAGCAGCCCGCACAUCCACCAUUACGCCUCAAUUCAUGGUGGAGGAGAGAGCCGAUAUCCAAGCCAGACAUAUCCCUUCCAUAUCAUCCUCUUCUGCUAGUAAUGACCUGUCGGACAGGGCUCUAAGCCAACCAUCUCCAGUUAUACCUAUGUCGCAUAUCGUCCCUGAUACUUGUGAUACCAGGAUUUGCAAUGAUAAGAACAACCAAUACUACGGGCUGAGCUUCCACUCCUCUCAACCUACCCUGUCUGGGAGCGUUGGCAGUCAUAACGCGAGUCAGGCUUUCUUCACUUCACAGCAGGGCUCCAUGCCACUCUCUGGAAGCAUUUGUAGCAGCCAGAUGCCUAGGAGGACACUCUCCAUUGAUGAAAUGACUAUGCCAAGUGUGCCUCCCACCCCGAAUUUUCAGCCUCCUAUCGGAACGGGAAGGCCUCUACCUGGCGCUACCCCAAGACCUGCUCCUAAUCCACAGAUACAGCGUCGCCUUCAUGAAGCCGAAGAGCGGAAGCUCAACACCCUCGAAGAGAUGAAGAUCAUACUCCGCGCAGACCACAUGAAGGAUGAAAUUCAGAGACGUUUUACUGCCAUAACUAACAUUAUCCUCCGUAUGGAGUGGAUCCUUUUCCGUCGUGACGUGAAGCCCGACGGUACUCGCACCAAAGAAUUUCUCUCUGCUCCCAUUGUCGGAGAGGUCCAAGAAUUGGCGAUUCCGAUGGUCCAAUACCUUGCUUGGCUUGACAAAAAGCUCGAGAGUGAGCUUAGCAUCUCGCAACAGGUUCUCCAUUGGAUUAUACAAAUCGCAAAAGAUCAGGUCCUCGACGUUUAUCAGCGUUUUAGACAGACGGCUCGGGUUAUCAUCGGAAACCUCCGAAAGCCACGGCCGCUCGAAAAACACCUCUUAACCGUCUUCCAGGAUUUGUAUGACGCGUACGUGUACAGCGAUUUUCUCAAUAUCCGCAAUCGACAGGUUCUCCUAGAAGACGGGCUUCACGUCGAGCGAGACAAUCUCACCCGCCUCUUAAUCGCAGGCUGGGACGUUCUGAACCGCACCAUCGAGAACUACAACGAAAUUAUCACCAUCAACCUCGACCUUAAAGGCCGCUUCGUCGAUCCAAUCAUGGAGCGACUGCCUCGUUCGUAUGAGAUCUGGGAGGAAGAAUGGGAUGAGUACCAGCGACAGUGUGAAAUCCAGAGGAAUAUGGAAUUGGAUAAGCUUUGGAUGGAGGCAGAGGAGAGGGCUUGUGCUGAGGCGCAGGAGCAGGAGUUGGCCCGGGCCCAGGCUCGUGCGAUGGCUGAGUUCAGGGCUCAGAUACAUUUGCCUGGGCAGAGACAGGACUUUAGACAGUGGCACGUUGACUCUCGUAUUCCAGUUUAG